AUGGUCAAAUCAGAUAUUCCAAAAUCAGUGAUACAGAAGUUGAUGAUCUUCACAGCGUUGAUGAUAAUAGUGCCCCUUGUUACAUUUUUUACUGUACAGAGCUUCACUACCAAUAGUAUAAUAAGUGGUGGAUUGAGUGCAUUAUCGGCGAAUGUUGUAUUGAUUGGAUAUAUUAUUGUUGCAUUUACUGAAGAUACGUCUUCACUACAAUACGAAUCAGAGAAAGAAAAGAAGGUUGAUUAA